GCAACCAAUAGUUUACAAAAUGGCUGACGAACAAGUUCACACAAAAACAUCGCCUUUGUAUAAGCAUUUUAUUAAUAACUGAAUGCAUUUUAAUGUGACAAACAGAUGAAAGGAGGAAUUGAAGCUGUUAUGGAUGCUCGAGCUGAGGAACUUUGAAUCAUGAUGGAGGCUCGCUGUGGAGGUUUGCUUUUCACAUCGAAGUUUGACUCUGGGAAUCUUGCCAGAGUUGAGAAGGCGACUAAAGAUGAGGAUGAUGAAGAUUCAGGGGGACCAAAAUAUUCCAAUGAAGUCAAACCAGACUAUGAGUUCAAUGUUUGGACAAAACCAGACUGUGCUGGUACAGAGUUUGAAAAUGGAAACAGGUCAUGGUUCUACUUUGGAAUCCGAGGCUGGAAUCCGGGCAGGCUUAUCAAGAUCAACAUUGUGAACAUGAACCGACAGGGGAAACUGUACAGUCAGGGUCAUUCCCCCAUCGUGAAGACAGUGCCAGGCAGGCCACGCUGGGAACGCAUCAGAGAUAGGCCUACAUUUGAGACUGUUGAUGGCCAAUUCAUCCUCAGCUUCACCUAUCGGUUCCCAGAAUUCCGAGGUGCCACGACGUAUUUCACAUUCUGCUACCCUUGGUCGUACACAGAGAGCCAGGAUGUCCUGCAGGAACUAGACAAAAAAUACACGGACUGCAAAAACCUUACAUCUGAUAGUGCUCCAGACUCUAUUUACUACCACCGGGAGCUGCUUUGUCACUCCCUAGACAAGCAGCGUAUGGAUCUGAUCACAAUUUCUUCAUGUCACGGCCUACUUAACGAGACUGAGCCCCACUUCGACCCCCGUCUCUUCCCAGACAGAAACAGGGAGCAUCGAUGCAAAAAGUUCAAAGGGAAAAGGGUGUAUCUAUUGAGCAGCCGAGUUCAUCCAGGAGAGACACCUGCUAGUAUAGUCUUCAAUGGGUUUCUCGAGUUUUUGCUCAGAGACAACGAUCCACGUGCCAAGUCGUUACGCAAACAUUUUGUAUUUAAGCUAAUUCCCAUGCUGAAUCCCGAUGGGGUUACACGGGGCCAUUACAGAACUGAUCAACGAGGAGUGAAUCUGAACAGACUAUAUUUAGACCCAAGUUUUGAAUAUCACCCUACCAUAUAUGCUUCCAAGAGUGUCCUUGUGUUCCACCACGUUAUGAAUAGAGUUACUUCCCUUGAAGACACAGUUGACAUUAAUGUUCACUUCCCAGGGGGGUUCAUAUUGUCUAGUCAUAAUAGCUAUAACCUGCUGAAAAAUAAGCCCGCUGUUGCUGAUAAGGGAAAAACUGGCGAUGGUGGUGAAAAUAAGAAUCAGAACAAUCACUCAGAGCGAAGCGUCGGUAGUGCCAGUAGCUCAGUCAGUAUUACUAGUAGUGAUUCAACAGUAAAAAGUGCUCCGAAGCACAAUCAUGUUGGCCAAAACCAUAUGUUGAAUAGUAGCCAUGGGUCAGGGAGUCAUCAUGGCCAUGCUCCAAAGUCCCUUGUAAGUAAUCGUACCCCGAGGUUUACUCCGAGGUAUCACAAAGACAUGACUCCGAAAGAGACAGAAACCACAGCUCAGUUUCAAAAUGGGGAGUUGGAUAUAUACACAUUAGAAAACAGCCAUAAUCAGUAUAAUGACACAGUAUUAACCGCAGAGCAUCCAAUACCUUCAAAACUCUCAGGCACCCCCAGACACAGCAUUACAAAGUCAGAAAUGCCAACGAAGCAUCAUUCUGCGCCAAAAGUUGAGAGGCUUAAUCUUGCGGAGCUUAAUGAAUCUGAUAGUGAUAACGCUCCGAAACGCGAAAAAUCCUUUGUUGGUGAAUCCAUUAGAAUUAUUUCCUCGACGUCAAGUUUUGCAAGUUAUCUUCCAGAGAAGGAGAGAGUGGACAGUGAAUUACGAUUGAGAUUAUCGCAAAUGACAAUGUCAGACGACAUGCGCGGGAGAUUAUCCAAGGGGUUCAGCACGUUGAGUGAAAAUGUGCUUGACUCAGAUGAUGAUGAUGACCCCAACACAGAGAAUUUAGGAAAUGAAGGGUCAGAGGACGAGGGUGAUAAUGUGCCUGUGUUCACAGGAACAAAUGCACCUCAUCUAGGUGACCCAAAGUUGCGCGAUAUCCCUGCAUCGGAAAGUGGGAUUGCCUUCUUUGUAGAUCUACACGGGCAUGCUUCAAAGCGUGGAUGCUUCAUUUAUGGCAACUAUUUUGAACAUGAAGACACACAGGUGGAGAACAUGCUGUUCCCAAAGUGCAUCUCAAUGAACACUGCACACUUUGACUUCACUGGAUGUAACUUUACGGAGAAGAACAUGUACACUCGGGACAAGCGAGACGGAAUGUCGAAGGAAGGGAGUGGCAGAGUGGCCAUAUACAAGGCAAUCGGCAUUACACACAGUUACACCUUGGAGUGCAACUACAACACAGGGCGGAUGGUAAACCCUGUACCUCAGGCGUAUGGAGAUGAUGGUCGGGCUACACCCCCACCCCUGGCAGGCUUUCCACCGAAAUACACCAUGGCACACUUUGAAGAGGUGGGGCGAGCGUUAGCUAUAGCUGCGAUAGACAUGUACGACGUCAACCCAUGGUCUCGUCUGACCCUGUCAGAACACAACUGCCUGGCCGGGGUGCGGGAAUCAGUGAGGCGCUACCUUCGCAGUAUACGUGGUGGACCUCGUAUCCCAAGAAAUCCCACAAAGCCUAUGUCUAGGAAUAACAGUGUAAGUGGUCUAAAUAACCAGAACAACAGCAGGCCCGGUAGAUUCGGUGGCAACAAUGACAGCUCUGGUCCAGGUCGACAACCAUACUCACGAAACAAUUCUACAGAUUCGAAUGCAACGCGUCAGCCAUUUUCCCGGAACAGCUCAGUGGAGUCAAACCUGGGGAGUACAGGCAGCGUGGUGGCUCGUUACAUGAAGAGGGACUCUGCGAGUCAAGGGCGACGAGAACUGGGCCCUGUCAGAGAGACUUCAAGCUCUCGCCAAAAUGUGAACCAGUCGAGACGAAGGCCUGGGUUGAACCAGUCAAGUCAACCUGUGACUCGGUCUGCCCCUCAGGCAACAACAUCAUCUGGCAACCAUCCAGUGAACCUCACCAUGACAACUGCGGCCCCGGAGGGGGAGAGGAGCCGACAGUUCUCUGCAGGAAGCAUGGCGUCACAGGUCAGCAAGGAGGAGGAAAAAGUGGAACAGCUGAAAAACAUGUCCAGUCUGAUUGCACUUUCCAAGAAAAAUGGAUCCCAAAACAGUCGUAUCCCACUACCAACAGGGCGUUAUUUCCUGAACCUGUCCCCCACCGAUCUUCCCCCUCCACGCACACCAAUCACAAACAACCUUCGACCCCAGCCCCCAAAAUCUGCUUCCAGUCGUAGAAACACACUAGAUCGCUCCCUGCCCCUUGAGUCACCUUCGUCGCAUAGGACCUUAACUCCCGUUGGGACCCUUCGGUCCAGUGAGAGGUCAGGAGAUCAGGGGAGACAGAAAUCGGGAGAGAGGGGGGAUGGGCGGGAUGUGCUUGAUGUAUCAAAGGCUAGCGCAACCAGUCUUUCCAGUAAUACCUCUACACGACCAGCCAUCAUAGACGCUAACAUGAGUGCUAAUGCUGCUACUGCUGAACUGGAAUCUCAAAAGCGUCGUCGUAGGUACACAUUUCUGAAGCGCCGAAAUUUGCCAAACCCUCCAAACACCGGAUCCGGAAAAUCCACCGGUUCCGGCAGCAUUCGUACAGCAGCUCGACAGGGAAGUAAUGCAGACUCAGGCAGUGAAGUCGAUAAAGGGAUGAAGGCUAAACGCAGGCGGAAAAAAUCAUCACGAAAAAAUCUCUCAAUGGCGUCUCCAUCAUCAGAUGAGAGAGAUGGAAAAAGACAGUCAAAUGAUUUACCUAAGUCUGUACCACGCUCCCUGUUUAAGCCAGUCCCAGUUGACUUUAGUAUGAUCACGGGUGUGGGCGUGUCUGGGAAUGCUGUGACCCUGUCUCCAAGUUACAGUGCCAUACCGGUACAAGCUAUACACGCCGGAUUUAGCGGGGAUGUCAGCGCGGUCUCAAAUCAGCGACCCCAUCGCCAACUGCCAGCCACACCCAGUAAUUAUAGACAGUCUGCACUCAGAAACGGCUCCGGUGUGGUAAACCUGGAAACAUAUCUCCGUGGAGCUGCAGGGAACAUCCGGCCAACUCCACGAUCUGCGGAUGUCAACCUUAACAAACUGUCCAUAUUUUGGUCUGAGUACUAAACACUAGAGAAAGGCCUCUAGGACAGUCGUAAUUACUGAGUACUGACAUCCCUGUUAUAUUAACCAUAGAGGAUGAUGGGGAGGACAUCUUGAAGUACUAACAAAGGAAUAUGGUCAGAAAAGUGAUUUGUAUCCAUAGUCUUAGAUUUUGAAGUGCUUGUUUAUGUUUUGACUUUAAUCCAAGAAAGUUUUACUUCCAAAACAAAAACUGUGAUCUUUAGUUAUGCUCUGCAAAAAACUGUCCUAAAAUGCAUUGUGAAUUAUAUGUUUUAAAGCAGUGAUAUUGAAUCCUAAAGGAUAUUAUUUAUUUGUUUGGAAAUAAAGCAACAUUCUGUUUCUAAAUUGACAGGUAUAUUUGUCUUUUAUCCUAGAAAGACAAGUUUCUGAACAAUAUUUGACAGAUAUGUUUCGUUUCUAGUGCAAAUUUCUCUACUCUUUGAUCUGUUGUUCUAUCCUAGAUCUGUUUCUUGUAAAAUUAUUGUACUGUGCCAUUUUAUUUUAUUGUAUGUUUUAUAUUUCUGCAAAAGCCUGAAACACGACAUGCAUUCAAAGUGAAAGAAAUACCUUUCUAUUUGUUUUGACUCUGUCCUCCAGUACAUUUGUGUAUGUAACCACAUGUUACAAUUUAAAAGCCAAUUAACAUUUAUGUCCAGACUUGUUUUAAGAUGUUUUUUAGUCUAUUUUUGAAUAAAUCAGUUGUUUUAACUAAAGUUUACUUGUGUUUUAAAAUGAAUAUAUAAGUACAAUUUUCAGGUGAAUUAAGUACAGUUAAAUGCAGCAAUCGAUUGGAAUUUAAAAAAAAAGUCUUUAAGAUGUUUUUAUCACACUUUUAUUGUAUUUAUACCAGUCCUGAAAGAGGUGUGUCAGAUAUAUCAUUUAAGCAUGUUCCAUGUUUUAACUUGUCUGUUUUGCAUUGAAAAAAAAUCCAGGCAAUGUCAUGCAAUUCCGGCAUAUUUUGUUUCUGAGUUGGCAGAAUUUUGCAAAAGAUUUGCCAUAUCUUGAAAACUGUUGAAGAUAUUUGUAUGAAACUUAUCAGACAUGUUACCAAUGACUUUAUGAACUCUUUGAACAACUGUAGAAAAAAUGAUAAGCAUAUUUAUAUAUAAUUUAUAUAAUAUUUAUAUAUAUAGUUGUGGUGCUCUGGUAAAUCCUGUAUUUUUUCUAACUGCAUUCAAUGUUUAUUAUUGCACAUUAAUUAUCAAGCACUUUGAAUUUGUCAAAAAACCCAGUUAGUAUUAAUUAACUAUUUUUAUAUGUUUAUAACAAUUAUGGUAAAUCAAACAAGUGAUUAUUAAUAUGGAAAACAUGUUUAUCAAUUUUAAGUACAGUUUAAAUUUCUUGGAAGAUGUUAUUAUGAUUUAUGAAUAAUAUUUCAAUGGCUUCGUAUAACUUAAUACUGUUAGUCAGUGAAACAAGUUGCAGGUGAUAUCUUUCAAAAGUAAAUAGUAUUCAGUCGGUAUUAAUCUAGAAUGUUUGCAUGUUUAUUUAUGUGUGUGUUUGUUUUGAAGUAAAUCUAUUGUGAUAUUAAUGUUAUUUAUUUGUGUACUUUUAAGACAUUGUGAAAGUGCCAAUUGUAGAAAAACAAUUUGGCCAGAGAAAAAUAUUUAUAUAUGCCCGUUCUACAUGCAUGUUGAUAGAACGGGAUGUUUAUAGUUGUACCUGUGGCAUGCCUGAUGUCUACUCAUCACCAAAUUUGGUCAGAAUGUGUAUUGGCAGAAUAUCUUUCUUUGAUUUGAUAACUUGCCAACCUUGCUCAGAGUCAUGACCAUUUGAAUCAGCAAAAACUGUAUGGACAGUGUCUGUUCUCGAAUGUUGGCUUAACUUACAACCACUUAUCACCAAACUUGGUGUCCUAGAAUUAAGCAAUUGUAAUCUGUGAUAGUUGGCGCUCUUGUUUAUCAAAUAGUUAAAAUAUAAUCGGUCAUCCUGCCCCAUAUUAUUUUAGAAAUCCAGAAGUGAAUAUGACAUAGUUCAUUUCUGGCCUUUAACUGUGUCACGGACCUAUAAACCAUGGAUUGGCAACUCUCCUCUGUGUUAAUGCGAUUAGCUUAAAAUCACGCGUGCAGCGCGAUUUAAUUCCGAUAUCUUAUCGUGUGGUCGUUUUCGAGACGUCCCACAUCAGCCGAAUAUAUGCAUGUAGGAAAACUUUAAUUAAAACUAAAUAUAAAUUAGACACUCUACAAACAUAUUACAUGCGACAUGUCGAUUGGUGUUAAUAAUAAUUAUUAGCAGAGCUGACGGAAAUAACCGAAGAACGCCGUUAUUCACCGAUCGGAGAUUCGGCGGAAUUUUCCGAUAUUUGCCGAGCGCGCUCUAAGGAUUAUGGGUAAAUUAUUAUUACUUAUCAUUUCACCGAUAUCGGGCAGUUGCCAAUCCAUGGUUUAUAGGUCCGUGACUGUGUUAACAUAUUCCAUGGAUGAAUUUUAAUUCAUGUAUGCCUAAAACAAGAUGCUAAUAUUUAUUGAUUUUAAUAUUCCUUGUAAACUUUAAUCGACCAUCUAUGAUGUUUUUUUUUAUUUUCAUAUGGUAAACAUGUGAGUACUUUGAAGGUCACUUGUUUUCUAUCAACGAAAAUGUUAAAUGUAUAGAACUUGUAUUUAAAGGCUAGCUUACUUUUAGUUGUAGUAUGUGUAAUUGUUUUACGGUAUUAUUUUGUAGUUUUGCUGGCAUUGAGUGAUUAUAUUAGACCAUUUAUUUAUAUUGGUUAUUAUAUAUGUUUAUUUGUAUCUGUGAUAGAUUAACUUUGACUUUUAAAAUGAUUUUUCUCAUUUCAUAUCUUUUGCAUAUUUUGUUAAUUACUUUGUUAACAAUUCAUGUUGAAGAAGUAGCGUUAUGGGGUUAUAAGUAUUUUAUCAUAGUAUGUUCAUCCCAUAGAAGAAGAAAUGUAGUUGUCUUUAUAGUUGAUGAUAGUAAGUCAGAGAAAAAUAUUAAAAGAUUCUCAAUCUUACCUCUCCUGUCAGAAAAAAUCUAACCCCAACAUUUUUAUUAGAUGAUAUACUCAGUUGUGAAAAUGGUUGCCCAAUGCCAAAAUUGUGCCAAUAUUUAAACGUUCCACAGGCUCUUAAAAAGAAGGCUUUUCUUAAAGAAAUGAAAUAAAGCCAUCCUCACAAAAAACAUUUCUCCAGCUUGCUUUAUGCCAGAUCUGUCAAAUUUGAAAUAACUUUACUUCUGGUAGCAUAAUUUCUUUGGUAAGAAAUCGGAUUUGAGACUUAAUUAUAGUAAUUUUGCAAGUGUUAUUUUGAAGAUGACCAUCAUUAUCUCUGAUUGUCAGUGUUCAUUUCACUAGUUACUUGUAGUGUUCUUUGACAUGCAUUUUAAAGCUUUACUUUGUGUCUUGUUUUUACAUGCUGACUGUUCGUAAAGCAUUAUAUAUGGUUACUAAGCUAUCAUUUUCAAGUAUUUUGACUUCCAUUUUAGCAUUAAUAAAAUGAAAUAGUUAUCUGUGAUAAUACAUGCAAACAUAUCAUUUUAUGAUAUACAUAUGAUAUUUGAUCGUUUUUAUCUUCGCAUACUCUUUCAAUAACCUACUGUUCUUUUGUAUGUGUACCAGUGUGAGGACUUUAACACAACUGUAUAUUACAGUAGCAUAGUUAUGAUCUAUAUGUUGAAUGUCUAUCAAAUAAAAUGUUAAAGAUGUCA